UUUGUAUGUUCAUGUUCAGAUGCUCACUUCGACCGACCUGCUGUGGCUUCAGUGUUACGUACGGAGAGUGAUCGUGUACCGCAUGUUCUCGUUAGCCAGGCAAGCACAGAUUUGCGCAGAACACGUUCCGAAAGCCAGUUGGUGGCCAAGGCGUUGGACUCGAUAUCAAUCAGUUCGUCUGUAUCAGGUGGCAUGGAAGAUGAAGUAAUUUCGGUCUACACUCUUAGUUCUCUUGGAAGCGAGCCAACCAACGAUCAGCUGAUGCCAACAUUAGAUGACAUUGUCGAUCAUGAUGGCACCCUCACCCCGAGUGUGCUCACUCCACGUGCAAAAGACGACACUUUGACACCAGGAAUGACGAUGGCAAGCGUUGAAAAAGAAGUCGCAGCAGCUGGGUUAUUGCCAACGACACUGGGAGGUCAAAUGGCAGAGAGUGUAAGUUCUAUUGCCUCAUCGCUGUCACUGGCGACAGAAGAUGGUGCAGAAGAAGAUGGCGGUCUCAAUCGAAAUCGACCUUCGAGCACCAGGAAGCAACGCCUUCAUGUUGCCUUGCAAGCAAGCAAGCGUAAAGUGCUGGACUUGAUGCAAAAGCGUCGUCCUGUCACUCCGUCCACAGGCGUUGACAAUGUCGAAAUGGGUGCCGAUGCUGGAGAUCUGGAAGGUGGUACCGACCCAGGCAGAGAGUCUCCACUGCCACCGAAUGGAAAGCGGAGUCCGGUUGAAAUGCAGGUUGUAGAUAAAAAGGAGAAGCGGAAGAAGGGUAAAAAG